AGUUUUAUAACGUGUAUCUGUAAAGGAUCUUUGAGACUGGAGGUGGAGGGUCUCUUUUAUAAAACCAGUGGAUCGAAUUUGGUGUAGUUAAAAGUAUAUUCAGAGCAGCAUUUAAUAUUCGUAGCUACACAGGUUAUACUAAUUAGUUGCUAGACUUAGUAGUCCUGAAAAUAUUCACACUCAAAUCUCCAUACGAGAUGAUGGUGAUGAGGAGGAGGGAGGUUGCAUCACUCAUCAAGUAUUUGGCGAGGCAGAGGGGCAGGUUAGAGGAGGAUAAAUCUACUGUCUGAUGGGGGGUUGCAUCACUUCUCCUCCCUGAUGGACAGUGCUGGGGACGCCUCGCUCUGCUUCCCCCAGAUCAACUCCUCCUGCAGGCGUCUGUCUCGACCUCACUCUGAAACGGUUGCUCUCUACACCCUGCUGGCCUUCGCUUCUCUGCUCACGGUGACGCUCAACAUGCUCGUCAUCGUCUCCAUCUCACACUUCCGGCAGCUCCACACUCCGACCAACGCCCUGCUGCUGUCUCUGGCCGUGGCCGACCUGGUUGUCGGGUUGCUGGUGAUGCCCAUCGAGGGCAUUUUCUACAUGGAGGCGUGCUGGCUGCUGGGGAAGCUGAUGUGCGCUCUGGCUCCUUAUGUUUCUUACUGUCUGGUCUCAGCCUCUGUGGGCAACAUGGUUCUUAUAUCCAUUGACCGUUAUGUGGCUAUCUGUGACCCACUGCUCUAUUCCACUAAGAUCACCUUAAACAGAGUCAAAGUUUCAAUCUGUUCAUGUUGGACCGGUUCAGUUAUCUAUAACGGGCUGAUUCUAUUAGACCACAUACGGCAACCAGACAGGUUCAACUCCUGCCAUGGGCAGUGUGUGGUGGUCAUCAGCCACAUCUCAGGAACUGUUGACCUCUUUUUCACCUUUGUGGGUCCCUGUACUGUCAUGGUUGUUCUCUACAUGAGGGUGUUUGUGGUUGCUGUCUCUCAGAUGCGUGUCAUUCGGCUGCAGACGGCUGCCACUGCAGCUCCAACCGCUAAGAAAUCAGAAAGAAAGGCAGCCAGGACUCUUGGUAUUGUGAUAGCUGUGUUUCUAAUGUCCUUCUGUCCGUUUUACUAUCCCGCUCUCACAGGCAACGAAUUCUCCACUAACUUGACCUAUUACGCAGCGGUGGCUGGCUUCAUGCUGAUAAACUCCUGUGUGAACCCUCUGAUUUAUGCUCUGUUCUACCCCUGGUUUAGGAAAGCGAUCAACCUCAUCUUGACCCUCAGAAUACUGCAGCCUCACUCACGGGAGGCAAAGAUCCUGUAG